UUGACUUCCCCUCAUCAUAUACUCGAUUCUCAACAACCUCAAAAACAACGAAGAAAGGCAAGAUGUCGUCUCCAUCGCAUCGCCGCUCCCAAUCUGGAACGCCCCGCCGAACAUCGCAAAGAAAUGCAAUUCCAAGCAGUCCCCCUGAUUUGGAUCCAGCAGCUGCCCAGCUUCAAAACGAAGCAGCAUCGUCGCAAAGCAAUGGUACCCCCAGGCGAAAUGUUCCUUUAUCGUCACCCAUGAACUAUCGAUCGUCGCCAGCAGAAAUUGCUCGUAUGAAUCGAGAACGAGAUGUCUCUUCUCCAUUGAGACAGAUGUCCAAUACCCAGACGACACAGGAUGGGGAGAGAACACCACGAGCCAGUACAACUGGCCUCCUUGGAGAAUCUUCACCCAUUCGAUAUGCCUCAAGCUCAGUUAAUGGAUCAGACGCCCCUCGUCAGCAAUCAAUACUUCCUGAUAUUAGAAGUGACAGUAGUGGCCUUUUCGUACGAUCAUCCCGCUCAGCCGGACCCGGAUCUUCAAUAAAUAACUCGAGACGUGGCGAUAUCAACUCUGAGAACAUCAACACUCCUCACUCCAGACGUCGUAUUUACAUGGAUGAAAGUGGCAGAGUUGUGCGAGAGGUCCCUGGUGAUGUUUCUGAAGCGCCAACUUUCUCAAACAUGGACCCUACUACAUCCGAUGCUCAGGCAAUGGGUGGCAACUCUACAUUGUGUAUUUGGGGAACUAAUGUCUCAAUCAAUGAUACUCUCUCCGUUUUUAAGGAGUUCCUUCGAAAUUUCACCAGGAAAUACCGUAUGUGGGGAGAUGGAUUGUCUGAGGAGGAGACUCGCGAGGAUCCCGACUCAGAGACCAAGGAAUAUGUCCAGAUGAUGCAGAAUAUGUUGACUCUUGGAAUCACCAGUCUCAACUUGGACUUCCGCAAUCUUAAGGCUUACCCUCCUACCAAGAAGCUUUGGCAACAAGCACAGGACUAUCCACAAGAUAUUGUCACUCUUAUGGAUCAGGGUAUCAAGGAUGUGAUGUAUGAACUUGCAGAAGCGGAGAUGGCCAGACAGAGACAAUCUCAGACUCCAGCACAAGCUUCACAGCGCAGCAGAGUCAUGAGCUCCGAGCCACCAGUUCCAAGUUCUGAUCGGGAGGAGCCAGAAGCACAAAGCCCUCGGGGCCAGGAGUCGAACGAGCUAGACUUGUGCCAGGAAGUUCAGAAGAGAUCAUACCGAGUCCGACCAUUUGGGCUUGAUAGUACAGUCAACAUGCGAGAGCUCAACCCUUCUGACGUCGAUAAGAUUGUAGCCAUCAAAGGCCUCGUCAUCAGAACUACUCCAAUUAUCCCAGACAUGAAAGACGCCUUCUUCCGAUGCCAGGUCUGCAAUCAUACUGUUAAGGUCGACAUUGACCGUGGCAAGAUCGCCGAGCCGACCAAAUGCCCUCGACCCAUCUGCGCGUCUCCAAACUCCAUGCAGAUUGUGCACAACCGUUCUGGCUUCAUGGACAAACAAGUCAUCAAGCUCCAAGAGACACCUGACUCGGUUCCACCUGGACAAACACCUCAUUCGGUCUCAAUGUGUGCUUACGAUGAGCUGGUUGAUCUUUGCAAAGCUGGUGACCGGGUUGAAAUCACUGGUAUCUUCAAGGCCAGUCCUGUUCGCGUCAAUCCAAGACAGCGAAUUCAAAAGAGUAUCUUUAAGACUUAUAUCGAUGUCUUGCAUAUUCAGAAAGUAGACAAGAAGCGCAUGGGAAUUGAUACUACGACGGUUGAACAGGAGCUCUCCGAGGAGCUUUCUAGCAAUAUUGAGGAAGUGAGGAAGGUUAGCGAAGAGGAAGAAGAGAAGAUCAAGGCCACUGCAGCUAGACCGGACAUUUACGACCUCCUCUCCCGCUCUCUUGCUCCCAGUAUCUACGAGAUGGACGAUGUCAAGAAGGGAAUCUUACUACAACUUUUCGGUGGUACUAACAAAUCAUUCGAAAAGGGUGGAAGUCCGAAGUAUAGAGGUGAUAUCAACAUCUUGCUUUGUGGUGACCCCUCCACGGCAAAGUCACAGAUUCUGCAAUACGUCCACAAGAUCGCCCCUCGUGGUGUCUAUACCAGUGGAAAGGGUUCUUCAGCAGUCGGAUUGACUGCUUAUGUUACUCGAGAUCCUGAAACUCGUCAACUCGUUUUGGAAUCUGGUGCUCUGGUCUUGUCUGAUGGCGGUGUUUGCUGCAUUGAUGAGUUUGACAAGAUGUCAGAUGCAACUAGGUCCGUCCUUCACGAAGUGAUGGAACAACAGACUGUCUCUAUCGCCAAGGCUGGUAUCAUCACAACUUUGAAUGCUCGAACCAGUAUUCUUGCAUCUGCCAAUCCCAUCGGCAGCAAGUAUAACCCGAAUCUACCUGUACCGCAAAACAUCGACCUCCCACCAACUUUGCUUUCCAGAUUUGAUUUAGUGUACUUGAUCCUGGAUCGUAUCGACGAGACCAAUGAUCGCCGGAUGGCCAGACAUUUGUUGAGCAUGUAUUUGGACGAUAAACCACAGAAUGCAUCAACGCAAGAAAUUCUACCCAUCGAGUUUCUUACAUCCUACAUCUCCUACGCUCGCCAACAGUGCCAGCCACGAAUCAGCUCAGAAGCUUCGGAAGAGCUUGUCACCUCAUAUGUUGAGAUGCGCAAACUUGGUGAAGAUGUUCGUGCAGCCGAGCGACGUAUCACUGCGACUACUAGACAACUUGAAUCCAUGAUCCGUCUUGCCGAAGCUCAUGCUAAGAUGCGAUUGUCCGAAAUUGUCACUAGAGAUGAUGUCAAGGAAGCCGUGAGAUUGAUCAAGUCCGCGCUCAAGCAAGCUGCAACAGAUGCUAGAACUGGUUUGAUCGAUAUGAGCUUGCUCACUGAAGGUACCAGUGCCAGUGAGCGAAGACGAAAGCAGGAUCUCAAGACUGCCGUUUUGGCUCUGUUGGAUGACAUGACAAGACAAGGUCAAGCAGCCCGGUACAGCGAGGUGGUCAAGCAGCUCGGCGAGCAGAGUAGUAUGCCUGUUGAAGGUAAUGAAUUUGCAGAGACCAUUAGAAUGUUGGAGCAAGAGGGUAGCAUCAUGGUUGUUGGCGAGGGCGCAAGAAGAGCAAUUCGUCGGGUCACUGGUGUUGCUUAAGGAAAUGGCUUGAUACAUGGCGUUUUGUAUGACUUUGAAUGUUGGAUGUAUGGAUGGGAUGAGGACAAUGCAAAUAAUGACAGACAUAGGAGUUGAUUCAUGAAU